AAAAUGAAACAAUAAUUUCAUUAAUCAGAUGAACUACAUACAAAAGUGAUGGCAUUGUCUAAUUUACAACCUAAAAAAACUGAAAAAUUAAUUGCGGAAAUUGAGAAACCAAUCAAUAUUCCUCCCCUACCUGAAGGGUUCAAAGUAAACAUUACUGUAAUUAUAUUCUAAGGUAGAACCACCACAAUUUGAUACAAGUAAACGUUUGAAUAAACUACCAAAAUAAUGGGAUUUACCAUAAGAAUUAUAUAAAAAGCAUUUACCAAAAUAUAAUAUUGGUACAAUUGUUAGAAUUUAAGAAUUACUAAAUGCUGGAGAUAGGUAUCAAUUCUUUAUAAAUGAUUAGUUACAUCGGCUAAACAGUAACUAUAGCUGGUUGGGCUAGAACUGUAAGAGCCUAAAAGAAUUUAUGUUUUGUGGAGUUAAAUGAUGGAACUAGUUUUGCAGGGUUACAAAUUGUAAUUUCUGAUAAAAUAAAGAACUUUGAAGAUAUCAUUAAGACUAAUGUGGGGUUCUCCUUAAAGAUGACAGGAAAUAUAGUUUAAAGUCCUGCCAAGGGAUAAUUGAUUGAAAUGCUAGUUGAUGAUAAUUUAAAACAUGAAGUUAUAAUAGUUGGAUAUGCUGACCCCCAAGAAUAUCCAAUGGCUAAAGGAGCUUAAAAACCUGAGACUUUAAGAUAGAAGGCUCAUCUUAGACCGAGAAGCAACUUCUUUGGUUCUGUUACACGUAUAAGAAAUAACUUGGCUUAUGCAACACACAUCUUUUUUUAAAAUAAUGGAUGCCUAUAUAUACAUACGCCAAUUAUAACUGGUAGCGAUUGUGAAGGGGCUGGAGAAAUGUUCAAAGUUACUACAAUAUUUGACAACGAUUUGAAGAAGGUUCCAUAAAUCAAUGGCAAAGUGGAUGUCACACAAGAUUUCUUUAAAAAAGAAACCAAACUUACUGUGUCUGGUUAAUUAUAAGUGGAGGUAUUUUUAUUAUACUCUCUAGAAUUUUUGUGUUAGUAUGUCAAAUGUUUAUACUUUUGGGCCUACCUUCAGAGCUGAAAAAGCUCAUACUCAUAGACAUCUGGCUGAAUUUUGGAUGAUUGAACCUGAGUUUGCUUUUGCUGAUUUAUUUGAUAAUAUGGAGGCAGCAGAAGGAUAUGUGAAGUUUUGUAUAAAUUACAUACUCUUAAAUAACUAUGAUGAUUUGGAAUUCCUAGAUAAGAGAGUUAAACAAGGUCUAAUUGAUUAUUUAAAAGAUAUUGUUAGCAAAGAGUUUAUUAAAUGUUCCUACACUUAAGGAAUUGAAAUUCUAUUGCGAGCUUAAUAAGCAGGAGCUAAAUUUGAAAACGAUAAAAUUUAAUGGGGUAUGGAUUUAAACAGUGAGCAUGAGAGAUUCCUAGCUGAGAAAGUAUUUCAAAGGCCUGUGUUCAUUUAUGAUUACCCUAAGGAAAUUAAAGCCUUCUAUAUGAAAGUAGCAGAUGAUGGGAAAUGCGUAAGAGCCAUGGAUAUGCUCGUACCACAAGUAGGAGAGUUAAUUGGAGGAUCUUAAAGAGAAGAACGAUAUGAUGUUUUGGCUUAAAGAAUAAUAGAAUGUGGUUUGAAAUUAGAGGAUUAUAGGCCGUAUUUGGAUUUAAGAAGGUUUAUAAUGACAAAUAGUAUUUUAGAUUUGGUACAGUGCCUCAUAGUGGGUUUGGCCUAGGAUUUGAAAGACUGGUGAUGAUGAUUACAGGCGUUGAGAACAUAAGAGAUGUUAUACCGUUUCCAAGAUAUCAUGGUAGUGCUGAAUGGUGAAUUAAGAAAUUUAGAGAAUUCAUAAGGCUUAUAUAAAGAGUCGAUGAUUGUCAAUGACUAGAUUUGAUUUUUUAUAAAAU